AUGGGUUGCGUGAAGUCAAAGGAAGCUGGCGUCCAAGAGAAGAUGGUAAAAACCGACCCCGACCCCGGCCCCAGCCUCCAGCAGGGCCAUUACGUGAGGGACCCCACGGCCACCAACAGGAGGAACAAUAAUGUCCCCGGAGUGGCCGUGCCCCAGCCGGAGGAUGGCUCGGAGGACAGCGUGGUGCUGGCGCUCUAUGACUACGAGGCGAUUCAUGCUGGGGACCUGAGCUUCCAGAAAGGGGAGCGGCUGAAGGUGCUGGAGGAGUCAGGGGAGUGGUGGCAAGCGCGGUCGCUGGCGACAGGGCGCGAAGGCUUCAUCCCCAGCAACUACGUCGCCAGAGCCGACUCGCUGGAGACAGAAGAGUGGUUUUUCAAGGGCAUCAGCCGGAAAGAUGCGGAGCGGCAGCUCCUUGGCCCUGGGAACAUGAUCGGGUCCUUCAUGAUAAGGGACAGCGAGACGACGAAAGGCUGCUACUCGCUGUCGGUGCGGGACGGGGACGACUUGCAGGGCGGCACAGUGAAGCAUUACAAGAUCCGGACUCUGGAUAAUGGCGGAUUCUACAUCUCCCCACGCAGCUGCUUUGACACGCUGCAGGAGCUGGUCCAGUACUACAAGGGGCAAAGCGACGGGCUGUGCCAGAAGCUCACCUACCCCUGCCGCAUGCCCAAACCGCAGAAGCCCUGGGAGAAAGAUGCCUGGGAGAUCCCUCGGGAGUCACUGAGGCUGGAGAAGAAACUGGGAGCCGGGCAGUUCGGAGAAGUGUGGUUGGGUACCUAUAACAAGCACACCAAGGUGGCGGUGAAGACGAUGAAGCCGGGCAGUAUGUCUGUGGACGCCUUCCUGGAGGAGGCGAACCUGAUGAAGACGCUGCAGCACGACAAGCUGGUGAAGCUGCACGCGGUCGUCACCAAGGAGGAGCCUAUCUAUAUCGUCACCGAGUUCAUGGAGAAAGGGAGCUUGCUGGAUUUCCUGAAGAGCGAGGAGGGGAGCAAGCAACCGCUCCCGAAGCUGAUCGACUUCUCUGCCCAGAUUGCAGAAGGAAUGGCUUUUAUUGAGAAGAGGAACUACAUCCACAGAGACCUGAGAGCUGCCAAUAUCCUGGUGUCAGCAAUACUGGUGUGCAAGAUUGCAGACUUUGGACUGGCCAGAGUCAUUGAAGACAAUGAGUACACAGCCCGGGAAGGUGCCAAGUUUCCCAUUAAAUGGACUGCACCAGAAGCCAUCAACUACGGAUCUUUCACUAUAAAAUCAGAUGUCUGGUCCUUUGGGAUCCUCCUGACCGAGGUCAUUACCUAUGGGCGCAUCCCGUACCCAGGGAUGUCGAGCGUGGAGGUGAUCAGGGCCCUGGACCGUGGGUACCGGAUGCCCCGCACAGAGAACUGCCCCGACGAGCUGUAUGACAUUAUGAUGAGAUGCUGGAAGAUCAAACCGGAGGAUCGUCCCACCUUUGAGUACAUGCAGAGUGUUUUGGAGGAUUUCUUUACUGCAACAGAGAGCCAGUAUCAGCAGCAGCCAUAA